CUCUGUAGUACCCGUUAGAGUCUUGAUGGAUAGCGGCAGUCAACGAAGUUAUGUAGCUGAAUCAUUGAAGCAGAAGUUGGGUCUUGUUCCUGAUAAGACUGAGGUACUAAAUCUAAAUACCUUUGGUGACGACAAAUUUCGAAAGCAACGAUGUGACCAAGUACGACUGCGACUACAGGGUCAGACCAAGGACAUUGAAAUCUCGGCACUUUGCUUUCCCAAGAUCUGUUCUCCACUGUCAAUGACAUUAGAUAUCGAGCGUUAUCCACAUCUAGAUGGUUUAGUUCCGGCCGACCAAAGCAUACUGGACGAUUCCGCCCCGGACAUUGACAUUUUGAUUGGCUCUGAUUACUAUUUUGAAGUAAUUAUGGGAGAAAUCCGACGAGGGGACAACGGUCCUGUUGCAGUGCAAAGUGAGUUUGGCUGGCUGAUCUCAGGAAAUGCUCAAGCAUUGAACACCGGAAAUAACGAGACACAGACAAAUCUCAUGUUAGAACAAUCAGAACAUACCUACCCUGCCGAUCUCUUCAUGAAAGAGAACGAAGAUGAAUUAACGAAUGCUGUUCGAAAGUUUUGGAACACAGAGUCUGUUGGAAUUAUCGAGCCAGAUGAAUCAACCGAAAGUGAAUUUCUGAGAGGAGUACAAUUUAAUGAAGUGAGCCAACGAUAUCAAGUGAGUCUACCGUGGAAAGAGGGAUGUCUACCGAUCGAAAGUGGUUUUUCAGCUUGUCUCAGUAGAUUACGACAAACUCAUUUUCGUUUGAAGAAGGACCCGGAACUUUUGAAAGAGUACUCUAAUGUUAUUAAGCAGCAGCAAGACCUGGGAAUUAUCGAGCGAAUUGCCGAAAAACCCGGACACGAUGAAUCCGCGCAUUACUUACCCCAUCAUGCGGUUGUGCGUCGCGAAAAGAGUUCGAAGGUUCGAGUUGUGUUUGAUGGGUCUGCCAAACAUGCUGAAUCGACAUUUUCAAUCAACGAAUGUCUCGAAAAGGGUCCCAAUUUGGUGCCUCAUCUUUUCGAUGUACUGGUCAAAUUUCGAGGAUAUCCAAUUGGAAUUGCUGCCGAUGUCGAAAAGGCUUUUCACCAGAUUGAAAUACAUCCUGAUGACCGAAAGAUGCUUCGAUUUUUAUGGUUGGACGACAUAUUCAAAGAACAUCCCGAGAUUGUUCAAUUUCAGUUUUGCCGCCUGGUGUUCGGGCUUACGCCGAGUCCGGCUAUUUUGUCAUCCCUUAUACAGCAUCAUUUAGAAAAGUACGAACAGAAAGAGCCAAUGGUCACCGCCUUGCUUCAAGAUUCGUUUUAUGUAGACGAUUUUGUUGGCGGUUCUACACAUGAUGGUCCGGCAAUUGAAAUUUACGAGAAGUCGAAUGAAAUCAUGAAAGACGGUGGUUUCGGGCUGCGAAAGUGAACAUCGAACUCGAGGGUGUUCCAAGAGAGAGUUGCCGCCGAAGAAAAGCAAAUCAAACCGUGUGAAGAAGCGAUAAAGAUUGUGAAACCCCUCGGGAGCGAGCGUACUGUCGAGAUAAUUGAAAAAUACGUAGAAUCGGGCGAAGAAAACGAAAGCGGGUUAAUGCCCUCUUCAAGCAAGUUUUAUCGAGAUAUUACAGAACCAGCCACAUUGGAAGACCAGUCGGUUUCUGACCCAUCAACAGAAGAUGAACAUUCUUCCGUUAAGAUCCUAGGAAUACCCUGGAACACUGAAAGCGAUGAAUUCGAGUAUGACUUAACUAAACUGAUAGACUUUGUCAAAACGCUUCCAUUGACAAAGCUCUCCGUGCUACGAUUAUCUGCCAAGAUUUUCGACCCGUUAGGUCUUCUAGCUCCGUUUACUAUCGUAAUGAAGUUGUUGUUUCAAGAGUUAUGCAUCGAUGGUACGAACUGGGACGAUCCGUUAGUUGGAAAGUUAUUAGAUUCUUGGAACCAAAUUAUCAACGAUCUUUAUGCCAUGAGAACCAUUAGAGUGUCACGAUGUUACUUCACUUACGCAAACAACGAUAGCUUGUCGUAUGAACUUCACGGGUUUUGUGACGCUUCGUCCAAAGCAUACACUGCGAUAGUAUAUUUACCGACAGUACAUUGCAAUAAGAAAACCGAAGUUUCCCUAGUCGCAUUGAAAACAAGAAUCGCUCCUAUUAAACGUCAGUCAAUUCCGCGUCUUGAGCUCCUAGGUGCUACCAUCCUCGCCCGUUUAGUAAGUUCAGUGCAAAGGGCUAUUUCAGCCUUGCCCCUUGUUCCCAAAGUUUUUCUGUGGACUGAUUCCCGUACUGUGUUAUGUUGGAUUAGAAACCACAAGGCGUGGAAACCGUACGUACAACACCGUAUUAGUGAAAUACGAAAGCUUACCGACAUAGAAUCCUGGAAGUUUUGCCCGGGAGAAAAGAAUCCCGCCGACCUACCCUCCCGUGGAAUUCGUGGAACAGAUCUAUUUGAGAAUGAAACUUGGUGGAAUGGAGCAGAAUUUCUUCAGUUCUCUAAGGAAAUGUGGCCAUCUGAACCAGGAACAACCGAAAUCGAGGAGAACGAGGCCAACGGUGAAAUGAUGAAACCAAAGACACCGCCUUCGAUUACGAGAUCAUUGAACAGUAUAUCGAAAACAGUUUUACCACCGAAUGUUGAAGCGGUCAUUGACUGUAAACGGUACAGCAGCCGUACGAGGUUGUUACGAGUUACAGCGUGGGUAAAGCGAUUCAUCAACAACGUGAGAAGGCGUCGUUCAGCAUCAGAUCUACUCACCGCCGACGAAUUGAAAACAGCAGAAAAACUCUGGAUAAAAUCGAUCCAAGCGAGCAGUUACAAGGACGAAGAGCAAUAUCUGUCUCAGGUCAACAAAAAAGAGCCUCUAUUAGUCAAGCAGUUGGGGUUGUUUCGAGAUCAAGAAAACAUUAUUCGUUGCCAUGGUCGAAUUGGUGAAUCGUCAUUGUCGUUGUCAGAGAAACAGCCGAUACUCCUUCCUCCGAAACACCAUUUUACCGACCUGAUUAUCCUGGAUCAUCACGAGACUGUUCAUCAUAACGAAAUCAAGGAAACCUUGAACAGCAUCAGAGAGAAAUAUUGGAUUGUAAGGGGACGGGAAGCAGUGAAACGUAUAGAAAGACGAUGCGUGCUCUGCAAGAAGUUGGAAGGGAUGUCAUUUAAUAUCCCCAAAUUUGCACCCCUACCACCGAGUCGAGUUAGUGAUGCACCCCCCUUUACAAAUACCGGAGUUGAUUUCGCUGGACCGCUUUUUGUCACGGAUCGAGCUUCACCCGAAACUGAGAAGACAAGCAAGGUAUACGUUUGUCUCUGGACCUGUGCUUCGACUAGAGCGAUACAUCUAGAACUGGUACCCAACUUAUCUGUGCCGACGUUUUUGCAAGCAUUUCGACGAUUCUCCGCGCGACGGGAGUUGCCAAUCAGGCUAUUGUCGGACAACGCUAAGACUUUUAAGGGCGCAGCUCACGAAGUCAAAAACAUUGUCCGGUCUAAAGAGAUCCAGCACUAUUUGGUUAACAAGGGUGUUACGUGGGAUUUCAUAAUUGAGAAAGCGCCGUGGCAAGGGGGCUUUUGGGAACGCAUGAUUGGGAGCAUGAAACGUUGUCUGAAGAAAGCAGUGGGACAAGCAUUGUUAUCAUUCGAAGAAAUGCGGACUGUAUUAACUGAAAUCGAAGCCACGUUGAACAACCGACCUUUGACCUAUUUGUACGAUGAUGAGCAAGGUAUCUCAUAUCCUCUUACACCCUUGUCCCUCAUCUAUGGUCGUACCAUCGCCACCACGCCGAAUGACAGGCAGUUUGAAAUCAACAGCACACAUCAAUCUCUCACUCGAAGACAGAAAUAUCAUAAACGCUUACUAAAUGAAUUCACGAACCAGUGGCGGAAAGAGUAUCUUCAGAGUUUAAGGGAAUCAUUGAGAGCUUCGAAAGGACCUGUUGGUAACAUGAUUGAUGUUGGAGAUAUUGUGGUUCUGAAGGAUGACAAGUCUGCGCAUGUGUUUUGGAAGUUAGCAAAGGUGGAGGAGUUGAUUCGAAGUCGGGACAACGUGGUGAGAGCAGCAAAGGUUCGUGUUGUCAACAGCGAUGAGGGAAGAUCGAUUGUGUUACGACGACCCAUACAGCACCUAAUACCGUUAGAGUUACCUCCUACAUCCGAGAAAGAAGAUCAAGUAUCCAAAGUCGAAGAACUCAGGUGCAUUAAUGCCUGGCUCCAAUUUCGUAAGGAGUGGGAAAAUAGAAAAAAUCUUUAAAAAUUAAUUAAAAAUUAACAAAAUACACUACGACUCUUAUUUUUGGGUGAGAUGUUGAAAAUCAACUGCCGAUAUUUUUUAACUAUUUGGUUUCCAUGGAAACUGGUCACGUGACAAGAUAUAGGCAGUGAUAAUGGAAAUUAACUUAAUGUUUAUAAACACGGCUUGCCGACUUACUAAACAUUCAUGGAUAUGUACAAAAAUAUUAUCACGGAACCUUUUACUCUUAUACUGCAAUGUGGUAAUUCGGAACUUAAACAUUAUGCCACAGAUAUGAAAAUAUUGCUGUGAUUACAACAAUGUCUCGCACAAUGUCAAUAUAAUUUGCACUAAAACGAUCGUUCCAGAUUACAAUGCUUACAAAUCUAAUUGUAGCACCAAAGUUGGCUGUACUCUGGACAAAAUCUACGUAUUAGCGACCAACAUUAACGUUGUCUUGUAAGUCGGCAAGUCCAACACGUUUUUUGCGUGAUGAAUUCGCGCUCGCCAUUAUCAUUAAUAUAAGCCCCUGCCGUGAAAUAAAAUAUUAUGAAAUACAAAUACACAAUGACUGAUAAACCAUUUACAACUAGUAAGUAGUGUAUUCAAAUAAUAUGCGAGGAACAGAGAGAAAAAUGUGUACAGAAGUACAAUAUGAUAAGUACAUAUUUUAGUUUAUAUAUUGAGAGAAUAUUCGACAGGAGUCUGAGUCUUUAUAUGAAAGGAUAUUAUAUUUCAACAACAACAUUUAUUGUGUCCUCAAGUUUUUAAGAGAAAUAUGUCACACUUAAACAACACCACCCCAAAAAGUUUGAACCAUCCAUAUGCUGAGUAGUUAUUUGUAUUUCAAAUAUUUUUCUGUGAGUGGGAAACUAAAGAGGAAUCACAAAUCGAUGUUGAAUAAUUGAGACAUGAAAUCCCGCAAUAGCGUUAUAUAUCAAAGUUCAAAGGUCGCCGCAUAUCACAUAAUAUGAUAUAUUAUACUAUACAACGGCCAAUUGUACAAGAAAAACUGAUAAUUUACACAUCCCUGCUGGUUGCUAUAAUCUAACAUAAUAUAAAAUAAUCCAACAGCUCAUAGUUAUUAAAUUUCAGUUUCAUUCGAACGGCAAAACGCAGUCAAACGGCAACACGCUGGAUAUGUUGAAUCGCGCGCGCAACUCGCGCGGACAUAUCAAGUCAGCGUGGGCAGAGCCAACAAGAGCCAGGCAUUAACCGGCCUGAGAAACUCAACUUGUAAAGCAACCGGAUCUCGUUGUUCCAGCCUCCAGGAAUGAUGCAAGACCGAGAAGAAACGCUGCUAUUAUUGGAGAAAUGUUAUGAAAAGCGAAUAAACAUUGAACGCUAUAAUUUUCAUAUUGUGUUAUUAUAUCAUUUAUGUACCAUAAAUGAUACCCCUCGGGAGUGUAAAGAAGAUAGGAAAACAUUAUGCAAUAAUUUUCUUUAGUUAAAGUGGAAACAUUCCAAAGUGGAAACAUUGUUGUUUUGUACGAACGUAUGGCGAACGUUUUGAAAGCCAGUGUCUGAACACUUUUAAGACUUUUAAAUCAUAUUUUUUUGUAUAUAUUUUAAGUAUUUUUGUUUAUUAUCAUUAAAAGAUAAAAGUCUAACACACUUUCCGUCACUAAUCCCUUUUGGCGUACCUGAUAAAACCCAUAACCUUUCUCGUUCAAUCUACGCGAAAAUGUGCGCUGACUUGCCAUUUGUAACGUGAGGCCACUUUCCCUUACAAGUGUUUUAAAAGUUACCUUCGAGUUUUCCUUCCUCGAUUUUUUCAGGCAUCUUAUUAAUUUUCUAACAGAUAGCGUGUCAACUUUUCUUGGGCGACCCUUGUUGCCUUUUAACUGUUUAGAUCUCAGUGCAGCUGGUUGUUGGUCUUCCCUCCAUAUUCUUGCUACUGAUGAUGGGCUUAUAUGACAUGUUCUCACGAUCUCCUUAUUCGAAAAACCCGAUUCCUUUCUAUAAUAAAGUACCAAAGCCCUUGUCUUUGCUGUGAUUCUUCUUGUGUAAACCAUCCUUAAAUGAAACUAUUUCUCAAAAUGCAUAUUAUUCAAUUUUAUUUUGUAGCCAGCCUCAUUUUAUAUACACAGGAUUCUCAUGAUUCAUAGUAACACACCCCACAUAUGACAUCAUAAUUAUCAACAUUACGACGCGCACGCUAGGUUUUCAAUAACUCCCAACGAAAUCAUGUAGAACACGCCACCCAAUAUAUGUAGAAAACACAUAACUAAUGCGUCUGUACAUUCUGAGUCAAAAUUAUAUAUGUACAUAAAUUUUAGUUUCAUUUUUAUAUUCGGACAAUCCUGGUAAAAAAUAUUGGCGCACUUGACACUGACUGUGUGAAAUUUGACUCCCACUUCAAUAACAAGCAUAGCAACCUCCCCUUUCCUCCGAUCAAUGUUGUUUGUUAGACGUCCAAGGUGUUACACAACAUUGAUUGGGGGGAUAGGGGGAUGUAUGAACAUGAAAUUUUGGAUAAAAUGCGGAAGUAUGUAUAUGGUAAUCAGAAAUGAAGUAAAGUUUAUGCUAUUUCAACUAAGUGUGCCAAGGAUUUUUGGCCAGGAUUGUAGUUUAUUAAAGCCAUAUAGCCAUGUUUGAAUUAAAAUUGUGCAGAAAUAUGUGCGUAUGGCACAGAUUCGCAUGCUGGGGAGUGCGUAAUUGGAACUGCGCAAAAAUAUUGUGGUUUAUUCUCAAUAUUGAAUUGUGUGAAUUAAUCACACAACUUUAGAAACAUACAUUUCUCUGCAAAAACAUGUUUUUGCCACUGUUCAUUUUAUUCAUGGCAUGCAUGCAUGUUUGGUGAGCAUGCAAAGAAGUGAUCUAAACUGAUCUUUCAGCAUGUUGUCUUAAAAUUGUAAAGAUAAGAUUCGUUUGCAUGAUAUACAGGCACUGUAAUAGUAUUUAAAAAAGCAUGCGGAAAUGCACAUAAUGAUAUGAUUGCGAGAGAUGUUUGCAAAUUAAUGCCUGCAGCUGGGUAACUCCUUGAUGAAGUGAUACAUGCAUGCAUGCAUGCACGCCGCAUGCAUGCACGCGCACACAGCACUAAGAUUAUAUGCAUGCACGACCAUACAUUAUAUACAUGCACGACCAUACAUUAUAUGCAUGCAUUAACCCCACUGAAAAUCUAAGUAUAAUCAUUUUAAAAUUAUUUUAAACGAUCAUUACAGGAUCAGAACUUUCCUGCCAUAGUUCCGCCAGAAUAUAGUGAUGCCAACCUUCGUUGGAGUUUCUCCGUGGUGAGAAUAGCGCAUCUCAUGCACAAGUUAAUACAAAAGAAGGUGAAACGAAUUCCACCUCCCAGCAACUCAAGCAAGAUCAUUUCGUCCUGGGUGACAGGUUUCAUUCAGCUUCAGAUCCACACUAUGCCAAUACCACAACAUUGAUUUGUGUAUUCAGGCUCCAACAAUCAAAACCAGCAUUCAGGAGUCUCAAAAUCACAGAAAGAACAUAAGGUGUUUAAGAAGUUCCUGCAUGCAGAGCUUUGAAGUGCACAUAGUAUACAAUUUUUUGAUGGACUAUUAUCAGAACAAAGAAAUUGUAUAUAGACAAAAGAGGACUUUAGAGACAUCAUUAGUGAAGGGAGAGAUAGUAACCUAAGUUUCAUAAUUCCAUGAUCGCGCACGACUAUAUGCAUGCUACUGGCUGGAUUCAAUUACUGUAUAUAUAAUGCUACAUUUACCAGCCAACUCAAAAAAGGUUUUCCUACAAAAAAAUAUUCAAAGCUUUAAACAUUGAGCAUGCAAAGGAUGGGAUUUUUAGAUUACUCUUGGGAAAUUUGCCUGGUGAAAGAGCUAUAGAGUAUGUGUAAUAAACAAUUGCAUGUAAAUAGGGUCUGGAGACAAUUUAAGUAGUUACCAUGCAAGUAAAUCCAAUGCUCCAAAUAACCCAUAUUAAUAUUUCUAUCGAUAUAUCUGUUCCUAUAUGCUCAGUGUUAAAAGGACAUGCAAUCUUUUUGUGAAUUGACAGUAUAUAUUAAUGUACCAUACCCAAUAUGAUGUUUCAUGACAUAGUUGGCUACUAAGACCAGAAUGCUUUGCUACUGUCUUGGUUAGAAACCCAGAAAAUACUGGAAAAGCAUACUGGUCUAAGGGAGUGGUCAUUAUUUAUGGGGUGGUAGGGGGUGGAUGAUUUUGAGGCAUGGUUACAAAAUUUUGAAAGUUGGUGAAGGAAGGGUUAUGUUGAUUCUUGACUUGAAGAAGGAGGGGUCACUAGAAAACCAGUCUUAAAAUAGUUUUGAUAAAUAAUUAAAAACAAAACAAAAUAAUUAAUCAAAAAAUCAUAAACAAACUUAACCAAUCGAAAUAAUACACUGUAGAUAAUGAAUAUAUUGUGUUAUUACAUGCAAAGCUGUAUAAAAUAAACAACUUUAGUCUCAUCCCUUAUAUUAUAUUUAUAAAACUCUAGCAUGCCAAAAUAAUAACAUUGGUCUUAUUUAAAUAAAUGAUUACAAAGCCCAGUCGAAUUGUAAUCAAGGUGGUUGGUAAUGAUACAUCCCAGGUCUUUUUCUUUUCUAAUGUGGACCAGCGUCGUAUUUCCAAGAUGGUAAUCAAAACAUAGUGGAUUGCUUUUUCGGGUUACUGUCAAUACCUUGCACUUUGAUGCGUUAAAACUAAUGUUGUUGUUAUGGCUCCAUAUACUCAGAUGAUUCAGGGAUUGUUGCAAGCUUUCACAGCUACCAAGACAGGAUAUGCUCUUGUAAAGUUUCGAAUCAUCAGCAUACAGUGCUGUCUGUGACAUAUCAGACACAACAUUAGGGAAAUCAUUGAUAAAGAUAAUGAAAAGUAUAGGACCAAGUAAACUUCCUUGAGGAACGCCAGAUGUUACAGUCGCCCAAUCGGAUGCUAGACCAUCUACAACGACUCUUUGAACACGGCCGUGCAGGUAGUCAGUGAACCAAUUUAACAAGUUUCCAUUUACCCCAUAUGAUUUUAGUUUGGUAAGGAGAAUAUCAUGGUCAACGGAGUCGAAUGCUUUGGCGAAGUCCAAAUAUAGAAUGUCUGUUUGGAUGUUCUUGUCCAAGCUCCUGCCGAUAGCGUGGAAAACAGACAGAAGUUGUGUCACACACGAUCGGUUUCUGAUGAAGCCAUGUUGUUCAUCAGCAAUUAGAUGGGAUAUAUGGUUGUACAGAUUGCUGCAUACAGAGCGUUCGAGAAUCUUGCUAACAAUCGACAACAGCGAGAUAGGACAAAAGUUCCAUUAAAUGUAAAUGCGGCAGCAUGGCGGCCGCAAUUUUUCGCUUGCUGUGUAUUUUAGUCUUUUUGAGAUUUUUAAUGGCAGAAAGAUGCUGUUUUAAAAUAAACCGUACUUCUACAAUCCUGUGUUUUGGAAUAUCUGGAUAUCUAACUGAAUCUGGUUUGUCUUGGUUGGAAGGAAAGCAAAUUCCUGUUUUCCCUUUCAAGUUUCGAGUCAUAUUAACUGUUGUGCAAUGUGCAUCGGUAUUUAAACAGAGAAAGCCGCUUAUGAAGGAAACAAAACGUGGUUGUAUGUGUUUUGCGUUACCGGAUAAACCAUUCCACUUUGAUAUUACAGUAACCCGGGUCCUCGAUUAGAAAUUUUGGGAAAGAAACAUGUUAAUUCUCAAGCUUUAGAGUCCCGCUCGACAUGCUUCGACGCUCUGGAUUUGCCAGUGAAAAUUAAGUAUUCAAGAACGGUUUUAUUUGGCUUUAAGAAUUCCAACCAGUGUGUUUGUAUUGAUUGUUGGUUAUUAUCCCGAUUGAAAUGUCUUGGUAUAAGAAGAAGACGUCGUUCAAGAGGGGGAAAGAAGCUUUAUAAGCCAUCGACGACAUCAACAUCGUGUAUUCAACCUGUUACUUCCAACUGUAGAUGUUCUGCUCAUUUGUAUUCAAAGCCCAACGGUGUCAAUUACUCUAACUUAAUUAACCUUCAACCAAAUGCAAAUCGAACUUCUCACAUUGUACCAAAUAAGAAACUCAACUUUAUAUCAAGUGUAAUCAAUGCAAGGUCUGUUUGCAAUAAGACUCUACUAAUUAAAGACCUUGUUGUAGACAAAAGAAUUGAUCUUUUGGGCAUUACUGAAACUUGGCUACAUCAGGAAGGCGAUGAUUCAAUUAUUGGUGACCUUUGCCCAACAGGUUACAAGUUCAUUCAUGUACCAAGGAGCAAUGGGACUGGUGGUGGUGUAGGGCUCUUGUAUAGACAAAGUGUCAGGGCGAGAUUGAGAUCUUGUGAACAUUCUUUCCGAUCAUUUGAAUAUUUGGAUGCUAGUUUCAUAAAUGUUGCAAAUGUUAGAGUAAUUGUUAUAUAUCGCCCGCCGGCUGUUGGACUAUCACCCGAAAUUUUCCUGGAUGAUUUUUCAACAUUAUUGGAAGAACUUAUUGUAUGCUCUGAAGAAUUGUUAAUCAUGGGAGACUUUAAUCUCCACAUAGAUGAUAUUGAGAAUACUCAAGCUGUUCGUUUUAUUGGUCUCUUGGACUCGUUUGGUUUGCAACAACACGUAGUGUCACCUACGCACGGAGGAGGUCACAUUUUGGAUCUUGUGAUUACAAGAGACGAUUGUGUGGCUUUGGAAGUGAGCAAUAUUUGUGUUCUGGAGCAGACUGUCUCUGACCAUAAGCCGAUAUGGUUUAAUCUCAAUCUUGAGAAGCAAUCCAAUCAGCGGAAAGCUGUUGUGAGUAGGCGACUUAAGAACUUUGAUUGUGAAUCGUUUAAUAUCAGAAUUUACUUCAUCUGGAUUGUUGAAUAUGGAUGACGACACAAGUCUUUCGGUGCUGGUAAAUAACUAUCAUACCGUUCUGUGUGGUAUCCUGGAUGAACUUGCACCAGUAAAAACUCGAUCAAUCAUUGUUCAUCCAAAUGCAUUAUGGUAUAAUGACGAGAUUGCAGAUGCGAAAAAGAAACGACGAAGGCUUGAACGUAAGUGGCGUUCAAAUGGACUUGAUUGCAAUAGAGCAAACGAUCUAGCUCAGUGUGAUGUUGUUAACAAAAUGCUACAGAGAAGAAUACUACUCAACCAUCAUACGUGA